AUGGGGACAUUUUAUUGUAUGAUAAUCUUAAGCAAUCUGCAGGAUAUCACUGAAGAAAACAAAUCUUACGGCCAUACUGGGGAGAAGAGCAUUGUCUUUAAGCCAAUAUACUUUCUUUCUGGAUCUUCUGGAGAUUCCUUUAAGAAGAAAAAGGAUAGAGUUCUUUUGGUUCGAUGGAAAAUUAGCUCAAAAGUCCAGAGAGAAGGUGUUAAAGGAUUCAAUGAAACCAUCACACAAUAG